GGCUCGCGAGCCUGAGUGAACAUCAGGCCCGAUGGGGCUGCGGUCGCGGAUGCGCUGCCCAGUUGAUGCUUCGCGCUCGACGCUAGUUUGGUCCCUACGACCAUGAGACAACGAGCCUCAACGUACCUCCCUCAGACUCCGGGAUGGCAGCUGCCCGAUUUAUGUCAUGUUUCACCCAGGCGUGAUGAUGUUAACAUGCGCGGGGAGUGAAGUGGACCCCUAGUUUGCGAGCUUGUGAAUGAGCAUGACAAGCGCACAUUGCCGGCACGGAUACAUCCGAUGGAAGGCGCCGUGUGGAUUGUGAGGAUUUGGACGGGGCAGUGGCCUUGGCUCGUACUUCACCUUUGAGGAGAUACAGACACGCUUCCUGCGAACAUAGCCGGGCGAUGAUGUGCCACGCGUGUACCGUGUUCCUGGUCAUGCUGUUCUUGCUUCGAGGCUUCUGCUGUGCCGUGACCAUCCGACGCCUGCUGGUGCCGCGAUGGGUGCAGAACGGAACCGAGACGCCCGCGGUGCUGGACUGCGAGUACGUGUACAACGAGAACGACUUGAAGCUGGUGGUCAAGUGGUUCUUCAACGACGGACCCGAGCCCGUGUACCAGUGGAUACCCGAGAUGAGGCUCCGGGAGGCGUUCGGUGUGCUGCAGGGUCGCCUGGACGAAGCGUUCUCCGUGAACUCGCGCGACGUCUACUCCCAGUAUCGCGCCAUCCGCAUCCUCAGGCCCACGUGGGAGCUCAGCGGGAAGUACACCUGCAUGGUUACUUCGCUGGCCGGCCAGGACGUCCGCCAUCAGGACAUGACCAUCUUUGUGCCCACCAAGUCGUUUUCCUUCAACUACAGCAGCUCGACUCCAGGCUCUGCUCAUCAGUCCCGGUCGCACUCUGCGGAGAACGCCUUAAGACUGCUGUGCGUAGCACGGGGCACCUACCCGAGGCCGGAGCUGAGCCUGUUUCUGAUCAAGGGAGCCAAGAGGAGGUCGGCCGACGAAGCGGGGUUUCGAACUUUCACGACAACCACAGUCGAGGAGGGGCUGUUCGACGUGGUCCUGCAUGCCGACAUGCCGGACACGCAGGUUUCUUCGCUGGCGGAUCUCUUUGAGUGCAUACUGGAAAUUCCGCACAGCAACUACGCGCUGACACGCAGGAUGAGCAUCGCGCAUGAACUCACGUGGGGAGCUUACGGUUCUUCUGGAGCGUCUUGCGUGCCCAUACUGUCCCUAUACUUCGUUGCCUUGACCUUAAGCAUCUAUAUCGUUUCCACGCCACAUAGAAACGGUGGCAAUGACGACAAGCAUCACAUCACCGAGGACUUCCAAAACAAAGAAGACGACACAUAGUAAGCGUUGUUGCAACGUGCGACAGUCGGUAAAUGCGUGUUUUUCGCGCAUAGUGGAAUCAAGGUUCGAGGACAAGGUGCCCGUUCGAGAUGAACGAAAUCACCGCCAACAUGGCGUGAACGUACACAGGUACUCUGCAGCGCCAACGAGACACCACUGUGGGGAUGUUUGACAGAGCGGUGCCAACGAGGUGUCAACGCUUCAAGUGACUGCGUGUGACCCUGGUAGCAGUCUUCACACUCGUCCAGUGUCGACUGCCCGCUUAUCAUUUUGUCUGUCGGAUGAAGCAGACAAAGGCACAUGGCAAGACGUGCUUCGACACUUUUCGAGAAAGUGUUUCCGUGUUCUACAAGUUCAUGCGUAAACUUGUCGUAACCUGGCGCGGUUUUGCUAACGCUUAAAUGACAUCGGAGGAGCUCACACUGCGGAGGAUGUAUUGUGGGGCAUUAUUUACAGAAACUUAGGCAUGAUGUACCACACUCCUAAGAGUCAUCGUCGAAGAGUUUCACUUGCGUCGUGAUCCAACUACGGUGGACAUUUGUGCUUGUUUCUGUCGAAAUAAAAGUAAAGAUUUGAAAGCUGCUUUCAAAACACAUUCACUUUGCAAGAGAACCAUAGUUUUAGGCUCGCUCAAAUAUUGCGAUCUAGAGCGCUCUGUGAACUGUUGACAGAGGCCAACACAACCGGAACGAAGCCGUGUCCGAUGAUAGUUUAGACAAGUCAUUUAAAGGUGAGUUUUAUUAGCUGUAUAUAGCGAAGCUGUUAGCUUGUAGACAACGUUUCGACAAGGGGACGUGCCUCCUUCAGAGACAAUGUUGCUUUCUUUGACAAGGUCCACGCAUGAUGAUCGCUCUCCAAUCGCGGAUGAGGAGGUCUUGAAACUUCCCUCUUCUUGCGAACCACUUCAACAAAAGGUGAACUUGCACUUUACAUAUUAUAGUGGCACGCCAAUGAGUCGCGGUCCUUUUCGGUGGUCGCCUUGAAGCUUACGUAAGGAAUUUAAUUCUGAAGGCCCAUAGGCUUGAGCCUGAAAUAGCAAAUGAAAAGCUUAGCUAAGUGACGACGUUUUGGAAGGUGUGUUUACAGCCGAAAAAAUGUGGAAGCGAUUGCUUCUCGCCUGUACGGUUUCGUGGAUUUCCUGAAUCUGCGCAAACUUCAGUGUGUUGCGCUGGUGUUAGUGGCGAAGUGCUUUCCUCGAAGAACUCGCUGCGGCUUGUCGGUGAACAGGACAAAAUUUGAAUAAAGAACAAUACUAACAAUCGUGUCUUGAAGCAUAAGUGUUGCAGCGCUAACGCCCAGUGAGCCCAUGCCCAGCGAGCAACACUAAUGUUCCGAGGAGCUCACGCCAGAAUGGGAAUUGCUGGCGGCAGAACCCCGGUUUCUACAGCCCAGUAGCUAUUUUGGCAUUGGCGACUAAAGAUGAACGUGCCAGAUCGUGUCACCGGACAAAAAAAAAAAGAAAAAAAAGGGCAGGUGUGAGUUCGGGCGGACGAUGAAACUGAACAUUUCGGUUAUAUAAAGUAAACUGCUGACUGAGCGCGUAAAAAUACUGUGGACGCAAAUGAUGAUAACACGAUGUGAAGAAAGGUCAGAUUCAGCCAAUAUCUCCGAAGACUGGAAAUAAUUCAUCUCGCAUGCUUUCCAAACAGUUUGAGCCGUAAGACGGCUUAAUCAUUUAUCGUCUGUAAUUUUUUUUUCUAGCGCUGCGUGAAAUAAAAAAAUGAGAACGUUGUUUCCCUCG